AUCCACCCCCGUCCACCCAACCAGCCCUGUGAUAUCUACUGGCACUAUGACACCUUCUUUGACCAAACGGGCAUCACUUCCGGUCAAGUGAACAGAUUCCCUGAGGCCAGCCCAAGUUGUUCUCAGAGAAAGAGGCGGAGGGGAAGACCAAAGGUCCAGCCGUGGAGCAGGACGUGGCGGGAGAUGAGAAGUCCAGCCUGAUCCAACUGUUGCCCAAGCGGUAUGGGGAUCGGCUACAGCCCUACAGGACGCUGGAGCGUGUGGCAGAGAUCUACAACGCCUCUCUGUCCGAGAAAGGGGCCACAAGGAUGGGGCAGACGGCCUUCAACGACUUCGCCAGGAAAUGUGAGCUGAACAAGGCCAUGAGUGAGUCGGAGCUGGAGAAAUUGUACCGGUCAACAGAACAGGCCAACAGCCACCUCAACCCACAGGGGACGUCUGGCCUGUGCUUCUUCGCCUUCGUCUCGGCGUGUUCCAAGAUGGCGGCGGCCGCCUAUCCCAGCGUGCCCCUGGCCGCUCAGAUGUCCACCCUGGCACAGAACUGUGAGCGUCUGCUAGGCCUGCCGGGACUCAAACCCGGGUCCUACACCAACAGCUCAUCUGUGCCCGAGCGUUAGCUCACGGAGAAAUCAUUCAUUCAUGUUAACUCGACCGUUGAUAUUCUCUGGAGGCAGUUGGUUGCUCACGUCUGUUCAUAAUCAUAAUGUACACCAUCUUGUUCUUACCUACGGCUAGCUGUUCGGAUGUUUAUGAACUAAGCCAGGAUUAGGUUAGGGGGUGGGAGGUGGGGUGGGGGUCUUUUUCUUUUCUUUUCAUUUCUUUUUUUCUGUUUUUAAAAAUAGUGUUUUAGUCUGUGGUACUAGUUGCAUGUUUUCGAGAAAUAUCUUGUUGUAAUGCUGAAUUCUAAUUGAAGAAAAACGAACAAACAAAAAAUAUAAAAAAUCAAGAGCAGAUAGACCUACAUGAUGAAGUAUAAAGUAAUUCUCUAAUAGUUAAAACUGUGAAUGAAACAGUUUUUCCUUCUCUCCUAAAUUUUUUAAUUUCUUGGCUUAGAACAUCUGAACAGCUUGCUGAGGUAAUGUUUAUAACUAAAAAAUAA